GAUCCUCGACCCAGAGGUCGAGGCUGCCGACUGGGUGCGCUGCCGCUGUAGCUGCCAUGGCUCCGCACCGCUCCGCGCUCGCGCUGCUCAGCGCGCUGGUCCUGGCCCUGUGCGCGCUGUUGCCACCCGCCCGCUCGGCCACCGCGUCGCGGGGGGCGGCCCAGGCGCAGGCGCCGCAGGGGCGGGUGCCUACGGCGCAGCCCGGCAGCAUGGUGGUGGAACACCCUGAGUUCCUCAAGGCAGGGAAGGAGCCUGGCCUGCAGAUCUGGCGUGUGGAGAAGUUCGACCUAGUGCCCGUGCCCACCAACCUCUAUGGAGACUUCUUCUCGGGUGAUGCCUACGUCAUCCUGAAGACGGUGCAGCUGAGGAAUGGAAAUCUGCAGUACGACCUCCACUACUGGCUGGGCAACGAGUGCAGCCAGGAUGAGAGCGGAGCGGCCGCUAUCUUUACCGUGCAGUUGGACGACUACCUGAAUGGCCGGGCUGUGCAGCACCGGGAGGUCCAGGGCUUCGAGUCAGCCACCUUCCUCGGCUACUUCAAGUCUGGCCUGAAGUACAAGAAAGGAGGCGUGGCAUCGGGAUUCAAGCACGUGGUACCCAAUGAGGUGGUGGUGCAGAGACUCUUCCAGGUCAAAGGGCGGCGUGUGGUCCGUGCCACUGAGGUGCCUGUGUCCUGGGAGAGCUUCAACAAUGGUGACUGUUUCAUCCUGGAUCUGGGCAACGACAUCUACCAGUGGUGCGGUUCUGGCAGCAGCCGAUUUGAAAGACUGAAGGCCACACAGGUGUCCAAGGGCAUACGGGACAACGAACGGAGUGGCCGGGCCCGAGUGCACGUGUCUGAGGAGGGUGCUGAGCCCCAGGCGAUGCUCCAGGUGCUGGGCCCCAAGCCAGAUCUGCCUCCAGGUACUGACGACACAGCCAAGGAGGACGCGGCCAACCGCAAGCUGGCCAAGCUCUACAAGGUCUCCAAUGGCGCAGGCACCAUGACUGUCUCCCUUGUGGCUGAUGAGAACCCCUUCGCCCAAGGGGCAUUGAGGUCAGAAGACUGUUUCAUCCUGGACCAUGGAAAAGAUGGGAAAAUCUUUGUCUGGAAAGGAAAGCAGGCCAACAUGGAGGAGAGGAAGGCUGCCCUCAAGACAGCCUCUGAUUUCAUCUCCAAGAUGGACUACCCCAGGCAGACCCAGGUCUCAAUCCUUCCUGAGGGUGGCGAGACCCCGCUGUUCAAGCAGUUCUUCAAGAACUGGCGGGACCCAGACCAGACAGAUGGCCUGGGCUUGGCUUACCUGUCCAGCCACAUCGCCAACGUGGAGCGGGUACCAUUUGACGCUGCCACCCUGCACACCUCCACUGCCAUGGCUGCCCAGCAUGGCAUGGAUGACGACGGCACAGGCCAGAAACAGAUCUGGAGAAUUGAAGGCUCCAACAAGGUGCCUGUGGACCCUGCCACGUAUGGGCAGUUCUAUGGAGGUGACAGCUACAUCAUUCUGUACAACUACCGCCAUGGCAACCGCCAGGGACAGAUCAUCUACAACUGGCAGGGCGCCCAGUCUACCCAGGACGAGGUCGCUGCAUCUGCCAUCCUGACCGCCCAGCUGGAUGAGGAACUGGGAGGUACCCCUGUCCAGAGCCGUGUGGUCCAAGGCAAGGAGCCUGCCCACCUCAUGAGCCUGUUCGGCGGGAAACCCAUGAUCAUCUACAAGGGUGGCACCUCCCGUGAGGGUGGGCAGACGACCCCCGCCAGUACCCGCCUCUUCCAGGUCCGGGCCAACAGCGCUGGAGCCACCCGGGCUGUUGAGGUCAUGCCUAAGGCUGGUGCACUGAACUCCAAUGAUGCCUUUGUCCUGAAAACCCCCUCAGCUGCCUACCUGUGGGUGGGUGCAGGAGCCAGUGAUGCAGAGAAGACAGGGGCCCAGGAGCUGCUCAAGGUGUUGCGUGCCCAACCUGUGCAGGUGGCAGAAGGCAGUGAGCCAGGUAGGAGCUGGGGCUGAGCCGGUGGGAGGGAAG